CAGUGUAGGAAAUCCACAAAUUAUCUCGGGUUCUGUAUGCAAACAUUUUAAAAUAAUACAUUAUUUUCCAAGAAAUGAAGCUCAAUGUGAAAUAUUUUUUACAUUAAUGCUUAGUAACUUUUGUGACAAAGGUAUUUUACGCUUUAAUCGACCAAGUUAAUCAAUUCAAAAAUUUUUGGUGGGGCUUUUUCAUGUAUUACCUGCAUUUCGGACUGCAUGAUGACGUGAUAAGAAUGCUUGGAUCUUGAGAAGGGCUAGAAAACGAUCAAAACUGUUUCAAAAUAGAAAAUUACGACUUAUUUUCGAUUUCAAUUUCAUUUUCGGUUCUAUCAUUGAAUUUUAGAGAUCCCACUUUAUACUGAAAGGUUUAAUUGUUAACAUUAUCAAAGAUCCUAGUUUGAUGUGAAAAGGAGGUCCCACUUUAAAUGCAAAAUUUAACGUGAGAAUUUGAUGUUCAUUUAACGCUCCCACUGUAGUGAAGAAAAAGUAGAAACUGAAAUUCUAAAAUUAAUUCCAUCAAAAAAAGAAUAAAAAUGGUUUUAAAAUCGAAAUAUUUUAUUUCAAAUGAAUUUAAUAUGUCAAAUUAACCGUUGACUUCGCCCUUUUCAACAAUUACAACAUCCAGAGUCUUGCAAUUCACCCAAGAUGGACGAAAAUUUAGAAUCACAGCAAGAAGAAGAGGAAGCCUUGCUCGCUAUUUAUGAUGGUGAUCCAGCAUUCAAACAGAUUUCGUCGACUGUAUUUCAAUAUAAAUGCGGCGAAGACGGCGGAAAAAAUUCAGUCUUGGUAGAAUUUUCGUGGCCACCAAGUUACCCUAGCGAAAAACCCAUCAUUAAUCUAAAUACAUUUUAUAAUCAGCAUUUAACUCAGCCUGUGAAAGACUUUAUAGCGACAAAAAUCGACGAAAAAGCUGAACAGUAUCUCGGAGAUGCCGUGAUCUAUACGUUAAUCGAACUGGUCAAAGAUAAUUUGGAUACCUGGAUGGUGGAAGUUUCGAAAAAUCUUCCUGUAAAAGUUGAACCUCCGAAAGAAGAGAUCACUUUAGUUGAAGAAGUUGAUACAAUGACUAUUCAAGAAGCUCCAACAAAAGUAACAGUGAAAAAAGAACAUCUGAGUAAGGCUCAAAAACGUCGACAGUGGGAUAGAUGUAACGCCGGAGGUGAACAACCGCGAGGGUGGAAUUGGGUAGAUAUUGUAAAACACUUAUCUCAGACUGGCUCUAAAGAUGAUUGCUUAACCAGCCAUUCGUGAAACUGUACAAUUUUUUACAACUGCCUGUGAUAAUUGUUAAUAAGUAUUUCUACCUACGUAUUGUUGUCUAAUUGAAUUACAAAAUUUUAUGAAAAAUACAAAAAUAUAUUCCUUCAAAAUGACUAAUAACAA